UGCACCGCUCGCGCUUAAUCGCUACACACUCGCAAUUUUUGAAAUUCAACUGGGUCACGAGACACUCGAACCGAAUCUUCACUAAAUCGACCGAUCUUAUUUGAUCUGCUGGAUCUCCCGCUGACCCGUAGCGUCGAUCAGGAGUCAAUGAUCGUGUCAGGCAGUGCCGCUGAAAUGAAGUGUUCACGCGCGGGCCCGGGCUGAUCCGUCACUGACCCACUAACCGAACCAAAACCACCAACACAACGACACAGAAUGAAACGAGGUAAAAAAAUAGGCGAUAUCCUGGAGGAGGGGGGAGGAUGCACACCGGGGCCUGGGGUCCGCAAGAGGCUCCGGCGGGAGGAGUCAGAGGAGGACGGGACGGUGGACUGGAGUCUGCUGCCGCAGGAAAUCUUACUGCACAUCUUUCAUUAUCUGCCCCUGCUGGACCGAGCCUUCGCCUCACAGGUGUGCAGAAGCUGGAAUCAGGCCUUUCAUAUGCCCGAACUCUGGAGGUGCUUUGAGUUUGAGCUCAAUCAGCCUGCCAGCUCGUACCUGAAGGCCACUCAUCCGGACCUCAUUAAACAGAUCAUCCGACGUCACUCCACUCACCUGCAGUUCGUCAGCUUUAAGGUGGACAGCAGUACUGAAUCUGCAGAAGCAGCGUGUGAUAUCCUCUCUCAGCUGGUCAAUUGUUCUCUGAAGACCCUUGGACUCAUCUCCACCGCUCGACCCAGCUUCAUGGAUCUGCCCAAGUCUCAUUUCAUCUCGGCAUUGACGGUCGUAUUUGUGAACUCAAAAUCUUUGUCGUCACUGAAGAUUGAUGACACGCCGGUGGAUGAUCCGUCACUCAAAGUGUUGGUGGCCAAUAACAGCGACACUCUGAAGCUGUUGAAAAUGAGCAGCUGUCCGCACGUGUCUCCUGCAGGGAUCCUCUGCGUGGCAGAUCAGUGUCACGGUUUACGCGAGCUGGCGCUCAACUACCACCUGCUGAGCGACGAGCUGCUGUUGGCGCUGUCGUCCGAGCGGCACGUCCACCUGGAGCACCUGCGCAUCGACGUGGUGAGCGAGAACCCGGGCCAACACUUCCACACCAUCAAGAAGAGCAGCUGGGAUGCAAUGGUGCGCCACUCGCCCAAAUUUUACCUGGUCAUGUACUUCUACUUGUAUGAGGAGGAGUUCGGGGCCUUCUUCUGCGACGAGGUUCCCGUCACGCACCUUUACUUCGGCCGCUCGGUCAGCAAGGAGGUUUUGGGUCGUGUGGGUUUGACUUGUCCGCGGCUGGUGGAGCUGGUGGUUUGCGCCAACGGCCUUCGUCCUCUCGACGAGGAGCUCAUCCGGAUCGCCGAACGCUGCAAACACCUCUCGGCCAUCGGACUGGGCGAGUGCGAGGUGUCGUGCAGUGCAUUUGUGGAGUUUGUGAAGAUGUGCGGCGGCCGCCUCUCGCAGCUGUCCAUCAUGGAGGAGGUUCUGGUGCCCGAUAAUAAGUACGGGCCAGAUGACAUCCACUGGGAGGUGUCAAAGCAUCUGGGUCGGGUCUGGUUCCCUGACAUGAUGCCCACGUGGUAGACCGGAGCAUCUGAGGCCAGAAGGUGUCAGGAUAUUAACCUCUCUUUCCUCUGUGUAGUGCAAAGUGACUCCCGUCCAACGUAAUUUUACUUAACAUCAGCUCACAGCAGUCUGCGUUUGGAUUCACAUGAAAAUAAUCUGCGUGUUUAGAUUCAUUAGCGUGACACGGCAUUCAUCUGAUUGAAUCGGCAUUAGAUUUCGAAAGUGCAAAUCAAUAAAGCCGAAAUCAGUUUGCAUAAUGAUCUACAGUGGUGCAUUGAAAGCACUUUAUUUACCAAAUUAUAUUUUAUAACUAGUCAAGCGGGGUGAUUGAAUACAGUAGAGUAAGGAGGAGCGAGCUGUCCAGAAUAGCCAUGUUAUGUAUCUGUUGCUAUUAAGCCUUCGUGAAAGAUUCGUCACAUGUGAUUGAAGGAAAAGUGCAGCAGAUCCACUGGACGACUCGCAGUAAACAUGGCCGAUCCAGAACAAAUGAAGAAACUGUCAUUUUGUACUGUGCAAAUUAUUUGAUUUUUGGUAUGAAAAGUAACAGAAUAAAGAGAGAGAGAGAGAGAAAUAAAAUCUGAUGACUUUUUCUCCUGAUUGUCAGGCAUAUUUAAAUACCACAGACUGUCAUUGUUGACAGAUGGCUUUGGUUUAUAUAUUUUGAUGAUGUUUACAGUAACAGAGUUCAUCAUAUAUCUGAUCUGUAUGCACAAGCGGCUCUUGUAAGUAAGGUCUAUGAUUUGACUUGUUAUAAAGCAAUAGAUAUAUAUUUGUAUUUAAUGAUUUCCUCCCUGCACUUUACAUAGAAAUGUGUUUCAGAAAUGUACAAAAGAUGAUCAGUUCUGUCAAUAUUUACCCUGUUUAUUGUUGUUAUUAUUAUUAUUUGCAUUAAAUGCAUAAUGAUAUAAA